AUGGCCGAUUUCUCACCCCCUCCGUCGUCACUGGAAGAGACGCAUGGGCGACAGCGCCAACACUCCUCCCCGCUGCUGCUACUGCGCUCGAUUUCUUCCGAAGAACAGCUCGUGGGUGGUUGUGGAGUUGCUGCUGCUGCUGCUGCUGCUCCUGCUUCUGGAGAAACCCCUCCCACACCGCCUGCUACAACUCGUGCAUCUACUGCAAUCUCUGGUGCCGCAGAGACCGAUAACGAAGAGGAGGACUUCGACGAGCAGGAAACCACCGUAGGAAGAGCUGCUCCGGUAGUGGACGAACGACAGUACCCAGAGACUGUGUUUGUGGUGCCUGAACCGCAGAGAGCUCCGCCGUCUCCGCCGACCCUCUCUCUUCCUGCUGUUGCUGCUGCUGCUGCUGCUGCUGCUGCUGUUGCUGCUGUUGUCGACAUCACAACUACUCCAGCAACACCGCAGGCACAAGAGGAAGAAGAGGAGUUGUCCAUGCCUUCGAUCAAGACAGUCCCCAAGCGGGACGGCCCCAAACAGAGCUCAAGCAGUAGUAGCAAACCGCGGCCAGCCCCGGUGUCCCUUCCCCUCCCCCCCCUUCGGCAGGUCUCCGAUACCCACAGCUCUACAACAACAACAACCUCCACAACAAUAACCUCCACAACCACACCACUGUCUCCAUCGUCACUCUCGCGGGUACUGAGAGAAGAAGGAGUCCGCUCACCCAGCCACCCAAGCAUCACCGCCCUCCCGCCCUCCCCCCCACUCACCAGACGGGGCACCAACAACACCCGCACCACCUCGUCCUCCCGCUACGGCCCGCAGGCCAUCGCCGUCCGCGGCGGCUCCCCCGACAAGCUUGGCGCUCUCCGCCCUGGCACGUCGUCGUCAAACGCAUCGCUGAAGGAUGUCACCCGCAUGGGCAAGAAGCUGGGCCGCCAACCCAUCGACUACCUCCUCCCGAACGGCUCUCUUCCGAACCCAGUAUCGACAAACUUCCACCCCUGGCAGGAACCAGACUCACUCGACGACAGCGUGGACACGGACCAGCCGGUGUCGGCGGUGUUUGCAAACCUGAACAUACUGCUGGAGAACUACCACAGCAUCCUCUCUAACGGCGGCAGCAUUGCGGUCGCAAACGGGUACCACAGCGUCGCUAGAAAGCUCCUGGAACAGGUAGGCGGCGUGUUCACAAGGGACUUGGGCGUAGAUGGCGUGGGCUGGCACGAUAUAUUAGAGUAUAUCCGCGGGGGACGCACCCGGCCAUGCCUGUGCGUGCUGCCGGUUAAAGGCCUGAUGUCGCGGCGCAACAUUGAAGCCUCGAUCCUGAGCGGGGCCACCGGGGACGACGAUGUCGCAUCGCACCUCCACCCGCCAAGUAUGUACAUCACCAAGGAGCUCGCGCAAUCCGUCGUCGCGGGCGUGAAGCAGAAGACGGGCAAAGUCGAGGACUGGCUCGAGGAGGUGGAGAAGGUGCUAAAACGGUCACAGCCACCGCCGUCCCCCACCACCGCAUCGGUGCUCAGCGACGACGGCGAGUUCGACGAGCACAGCGAGAUCGUCGUGCAGAUCAUUGAAGGCAUCCUGAACCAGACUCAGAUCCUCAUCUUCCGCGCAUACUUGUCCGACCCCCACAUCCUGGCCGCCACAAAGCUCGCCCUGGUCCGCCUCUACCCGCAGCACACCCCCGCGGCCAUCACCGCCCCCAUCAUCGCGCUAUAUCUCCUCCUCCACGACGAGCUGCACCCGCUGCUGACCGCCGUCUCCCGCCUCACCGACGCUGAGAUGGAACUAAUCAACUCCGGCCGCUUCGACGGCUUCCUCGACGGGUCCAGCAACGCCGUCCCCCGCGACGAGGAGGAGGAGCUGCGAACAAUCACCAGCCUCGACCGCAGCCUCCUCCGCGUUCUCGAGGGCCUCGACGACGAGAUUGAGGAGCUCCACAACCGCGCCCUCAUCGUCCGCCGCGCGCUCAAGGAGCGCCAGAACGGAAUCGCAAAGAAGAUGAAGAAGCGCAGCAUGCAGCAGCUGGCCGAGGGCGAGGUAGCGGCGCCUGUGCAGCUGCCGGACGAAUUCGAAGAUGAGAACGAGUUGCUUCUGCCGCCGGUUGAAGAGUGGGAGGGUGGGAAGAGUAUAUUACUGGGCCCAGAUGACAGCGCUAGUAAUGUGACGUUCAAUCGCCGGCGACGGGCAGAACGGCGGAUCGAGAAGGAGAAAGAGGAGGCGGAGCGGAAGAAGGCGGAGAAGAAGGCACGGCGCAUUGAGGAGCGGGAUGAAGCGAGUGGGAAGCGGGAACGGAAGAAGAAGACUGACGAAGAGGAUGCCGCAGCUGAAGAUGAUGAUGAUGCAACAGUUGAUGGCCGCAGUGUGCACAGGAAGGAACGUAAGGAGAAGAAGGAGCGUAGGGAGAAGCACCACUGUGACGGCAAGGAUUCCUGCGACGACUGUAGCAGUUCCGCAGCGGCUAAGCGGUCACGGAGCGGUGGACGUAGAGAGGAACCAGAGACAAUCAAGGAGGAGACCAAGGAGGAGCUGAAAGAGCUGAAAGAGAAGGCUUCAAAGAGCAGCAGCACAAAGGAGACCAAGGACAAACAUAGGCAUAAAACACCAAAGGAGGAGAAAGAGAAGGAUGCAAAGAAGGGCGGGCUGUUUGAUGCUACACGACGGCUCUUCGAUAAAAAGAUGAUGGCCGAUAAACCAUCAAAGUCUGAUAAGGAGAAGGAUAAGGACCGACCCCCAACAGGGUCUUCAGGGAAGUCGUCGGAGAGGGAAAGGCCGCCGACGUCACACAGUCAUAGGGGAGGCGGGCACAGUCAUCGCGAAGUCGACCAUCACAGGGAUAUACAUCGGGAGAUCAAGAUAUGA